UUGAUCAUUUUAAAAGUUGGGUUCAAGGAAAUAGAUUUUCUUUUCCUUGUGGUUAAUUCAAAUCACUGAAAGAUUUUAAGGAAUUUGUUAUCUUUUCAAUAUAUCAAAAAAAUAAUUCACAAAAUGCGAAACUUAAAAUAACCCUGUGUGAUAAGUAUACUUCAUUUAAGCAGUUGAAUUAGUGUCAGGUGGUCGAAUCCGAACGGCCUUUGAUUGGGCUUACGGUUUUAGAGGCUGGGAAGGAACCACGUCAGGAUCUUGUCAAAAAUAACAAGAGUGCUGAAUGCGAAGGAAUGAAUGCAGGAGUCAUGAGCCUGCUCCAUCCAUCAUCCUCCACUUUGAUUGGAUCCGAUUUCAUAGUCUCAAACCACCAAAGGUUUUAUCGCAGUCCAAGUGUAGUCGAUUCAUUUUCGCGCCACAAAGCUUCAUGGCAAGAGCUCGCGGGUGUUGUGGUAUUCUCAGCGAUUCCUUUCACCGCCGUCAAAGCUAUCGCCAACAGUAGCUUCGGCGAAACACUCCGUAAACGCUUGCAAGAGAAAAAGAAGGUUGCGCUACAGAAUUCCGCAAAGUUCAAGGCACUUGCACAAAUGGCAAGAAACGAUAGUAUCUGGUAUGGAGAAGAUCGCCCCCGCUGGCUUGGUCCAAUUUCUUAUGACUACCCUGCUUAUCUUAAUGGGGAGCUACCAGGGGACUAUGGAUUUGAUAUCUGGGGGUUGAGCAAGGAUCCCGUGGCCCUUCAAAAGUACUUUAAUUAUGAAAUAUUGCAUGGCCGUUGGGCUAUGCUGGCUGCUCUUGGUGCUUUGAUUCCAGAAAUUUUAAACCUGACGGGACUUUUUCAGUUUGUGGAACCUGUUUGGUGGCGAGUGGGCUACUCAAAGCUUAAGGGAGAUACACUUGACUAUUUAGGGAUCCCUGGACUCCAUUUAGCUGGAAGUCAAGGAGUCAUUGUCAUAGCCAUUUGCCAAGCCCUUUUGAUGGUUGGACCAGAAUACGCAAGGUAUUGUGGGAUUGAGGCUUUGGAACCCUUAGGAAUUUACCUGCCUGGUGACAUCAAUUAUCCUGGAGGCGUUCUUUUUGAUCCACUGAAUCUCUCUAAAGAUCCAAUGGCUUUUGAAGAGCUAAAGGUGAAAGAAAUAAAAAACGGGCGCCUUGCUAUGGUUGCCUGGUUAGGCUUUUAUGUCCAAGCGGCUCUUACAGGUAAAGGCCCAGUGCAAAACCUGCUGGAGCAUAUCUCAGAUCCACUCCACAAUAACUUGCUCUCAAUUCUAAAGUCUCUGUAAAUAUUUUAGAAAAUUCACCUACCCAAAGUUGACAGUGGUGGUUAAGCCUGUGGUUUUGCAUCCUCCCAGGUAUAAUUGUUCUGUAUUCUUUAUGUUUUAAGGCUGUAAUAUGAGAGCUCCUAAUUUAUCUGAAAUCUCUUUGGAAAAUAAUAUCAUACCUCGAAAAGGUGAA